UCCCAUUUUCCAUCCCUAACGUCGUCUCCCUCCGCACCUCCUAACCCUAACGUCCUCCCCCCUCCGCUUCCCGAUGGCCUCCUGUGACGACGACUUCUCUCUGUUAGGCGACGACAACCACCACCCCCACCACCACCACCACCACCACCAACCCCCUCAGCCGCACCCUCACCACCACCACCUUCUUCCUCCGUCUCACCAUCUCCAUCAGCCCUACGCGCCUCAGCAGCGGUACACGCCCCCUCCUCCUCCGACGAAAUCCACCCCGAUCCACGCGCCGCCGCAGCCGCCGAGCCCUAAGCCGACCGGCGCUGAGGUCCGCGAGGAAGGCGGCGAUGAUUACGCCGAGGCGGCCUUCCACGACGUGAAUCCGUUCUCUACUGACGAGAACUCGAAUCCGUUCGACGCCGCCGCAUCGGAUCCGAGCAAGUCCCGCGCCGAUGCGCGAUCCGACAAGAGGAAGAGUCAGGAAGAGCUCAGCGACGGAGGCACGCCGUACAACUAUAAGAAGACGAAAGCUUCCACGGCCGCCGGGAUGGCUGGCGGGAGCUCCGGCGGAGGGGGGGAGUAUAGGAAGGAUCGGGAGGAGUGGAGCGACGCCGCGAUCGCCUGCCUCCUGGAGGCGUAUACGGAGAAGUUCACGCAGCUGAAUAGGGGGAAUUUGAGAGGGAGGGACUGGGAGGAGGUGGCGGCGACCGUGAGCGAGCGCUGCGAUAAGCAGACAAAGAGCGUGGAGCAGUGCAAGAACAAGGUGGACAAUUUGAAGAAAAGGUAUAAGUUGGAGAAGCAUCGGAUGAGUAACGGAGGCAUAUCGGCGAGUCACUGGCCGUGGUUUAAGAAGUUGGAAGAGAUUGUUGGCAAUUCGUUGCCUGUGAAAUCUGCGAGUGAGGACGACAAAGCAGGCGCUACUUCUGCUACCUCUGUUAAGCAGUCCAAAAGAUAUGCAGGAGCAACACCCUGUCAGGGAAACCCCGUGAACGUCGUCAGAUCCAAAUCAUUAUCUAACCCCAGAUGGCGGAGAGUUGUAUUCAAGAUUAGUGGUGCUGCACUUGCUGGUACUGGACAAAACAAUAUUGAUCCAAAGGUGGCAAUGUCAAUUGCAAGAGAAGUUGUGAUUGCAUGUCGUCUUGGUGUACAGGUGGCAAUUGUUGUUGGAGGUCGCAAUUUCUUUUGUGGCAACACAUGGGUGACUGCUACAGGCUUAGAUAGAUGUACAGCGUACCAGAUCGGUAUGAUGGCGACUGUGAUGAACUCUGUACUUCUCCAGUCAGCACUAGAGAAGGUGGGUGUUCAGACUCGUGUCCAAUCUGCAUUUCCAAUGCAAGAGGUUGCUGAACCAUACAGUAGGCAGCGAGCAAUUCGUCAUUUGGAGAAAGGCCGAGUUGUAAUAUUUGGUGGCAUUGGAGCUGGCACUGGGAAUCCUCUCUUUUCUACAGACACCGCUGCAGCUCUUCGAGCUUCUGAGAUCCAUGCGGAAGCUCUCCUUAAAGGUACUAACGUGGACGGUGUUUAUGAUUGCAACUCCCAAGACAACAAUGUCACUUUCGACCAUAUCUCCUACAGGGACUUGGGCUCACGUGGAGCCACAUCCAUAGACAUGAUGGCAUUGACAUUCUGUGAAGAUAACGGGAUUCCUGUUGUGGUGUUUAAUCUUCUCGAGGCUGGGAACAUUUCAAGAGCGUUAUGUGGUGAUCAAGUUGGUACACUGAUUGACCAGGCUGGCAGGAUAAGCUAAUAGAAUAACUAUUUGCGGGUUUGAAGCAUUAUUAGGCCUUCUAUCCCGAAAUUUACUCAGAACUUAUUCCUAAGUCAAUCCUUCAUAGAACUGUUGGCACUUAAGUUCUGCUGCUGAUCAACCAACCAGUUCUCUCCUCUAAUUGAAGCGAGAAAGUGGAGAAGGAAGUUCGUAUCAGUUCCACGUGGACGCUGGACACGAACCAUGUAGAGCGACUUCUAUCCUCUUGGAAUUGCAUCACUAUAUAGCGAGGUGUGGCUAAUCUGUGUCAUUGAUCUGCAUCACCAUCAGGUGCCGUCUUUUACUGUAUACUAGUGUAUGUAAUUGUACUAACUGAAAGCAUUAGUGGGAAGUUGUUGUGGUCAGGUGCAGAUGAUGAAGUGGGGAGUGUACUAAUAGUUCAAGGUAGGAAAAUUAUUUACACAGUGAUUGUAAUUGACAUCUUGAGAUCAAUGACAGAUAUAUGCACAUUUUCCCUACAA